AUGGCAUCGAAAAUAGGCCAUGAGACACAACCCCACUUCUCCCCCCAUCAAAGAAUCAGGAACAUGUCCGAGACUGCCUCGCCCUGCGACGGGCGCCCCGAGAUGACCCAGCUUCACCCGCCGCCGCAGACGGCUGCCAACGUUGAGUCACUGGAGGCGUACCAGGCAAUGUACAACGAGUCGAUCACGGAUCCGGACGGGUUCUGGAGCCGGAUGGGCAAGGAGCUGGUGACCUGGCAUCGCGAGUUUGAUACCGUCUCGCACGGCUCGUUUGCCGAGGGCGACAUCGCUUGGUACCUCGGCGGCGAGCUCAACGUGUCGGUCAACUGUCUGGACCGGCACCUGAAGACGCGCGGCGACAAGGUUGCACUCAUCUGGGAGGGCGACGAGCCCGGUGAUGUGCGCAAGUUCACCUACCGCGAGCUCCACCGCGAGGUGUGCAAGCUCGCGUCGGGCAUGCGCGACGCCGGGGUCAAGGCCGGUGAGUGCGUGGCGCUGUACAUGCCGAUGGUGCCCGAGGCGAUCUUUGCCAUGCUUGCAUGUGCGCGGCUCGGCGCGCCGCACUCGGUCGUCUUUGCUGGCUUUUCGGCCGACGCGCUCCGCGACCGCAUCCUCGACGCCGGCUGCCGGGUGGUGAUGACGGCGGACCAGGGCGUGCGCGGUGGGCGGCGGACGAACCUCAAGAAGACGGUCGAUGAGGCGCUCCUUGAGUGCCCGGGCGUCGACCUGGUCAUCGUCCACCAGCGCACGGGCGAGACUGGGCCGGACGUGCCGUUUGUCGCCGGCCGCGACGUGUACAUGGCGGACCUGAUGGCCAAGGCCCGGCCGUACUGUGUGCCGGCAGUCCGCAACGCCGAGGACACGCUCUUUGUGCUCUACACCUCGGGCUCGACCGGGCGGCCCAAGGGCGUGCUCCACACCUCGGCCGGCUACCUGGUGUGGGCCAUGAUGACCCACAAGUACACCUUUGAUCUCCGCGACGAUGACGUCUUUGCGUGCAUGGCCGACAUCGGUUGGAUCACCGGCCACACGUACAACUGCUACGGCCCGCUGGCCAACGGCGCAACGUCGAUGCUCUUCGAGUCGACGCCGCUCUACCCGGACGCCGGCAGGUACUGGGACGUGGUCGAGCGCCACGGCGUGACCCAGCUCUACACCGCGCCCACCGCCAUCCGCGCCCUGAUGAAGUACGGCAGCGAGCCGGUCCAAAAGUACGACACCUCGUCGCUGCGAGUUCUCGGCACCGUUGGCGAGCCCAUUGCCCCGCUCGCUUGGAACUGGUACAACGAGGUCGUUGGCGCUAAGCAGUGCACCAUCGUCGACACGUACUGGCAGACCGAGACCGGCGGCCACAUGCUCACCGCCCUUGCCGGCGUUACGCCGACAAAGCCUGGCUCGGCCACCCUGCCGUUCUUUGGCGUCAAGCCGGCCAUUGUCGAGCCCGACACCGGCAACGUCAUCGAGGGUAACGAGGUCGAGGGCGUACUCGUCAUGCAGCAGCCGUGGCCCGGCAUGUGCCGUACCGUCCUCGGCGACCACCAGCGGUACCUCAACACGUACAUGACGGCGUACUCUGGCAACUACUUUACCGGCGACGGCGCCAUCCGCGACAUGGACGGCUACUACUGGAUCACCGGCCGCGUCGACGACGUUGUCAACGUCUCGGGCCAUCGCCUUGGCACCGCGGAAAUCGAGGCCGCCGUUGUUAACCACGACGCCUGCGUCGAGGCCGCCGCCAUUGGCAUCCCGCACGAGCUCAAGGGCCAGGACAUCUUUGUCUACGUCAUCCUGCACAACGGCUACGAGCCGAGCGACGACCUCGCCCACGAGCUGCGCGACGCCGUCAAGGAGGGCAUUGGCUCGUUUGCAAAGCCUGCCGCCUCGAACAUCGUCUUUGUCGAAGGCCUGCCCAAGACCCGCUCCGGCAAGCUCAUGCGCCGCAUCCUCCGCCUCAUCGCCACCGGCGAGGAGUCGCGCCUCGGCGACGUCUCCACCCUGGCUGACCCCGCCGUCGUCCCGGCCAUCAUCGCCGCUGUCAAGGCCAAGCGCGACGCCUAA